GGAUGGCGGCCGGCGCAGGGAGGCCGGGCCCUGGCGCGGGGCGCACGCGUCGAGUGACACCGCACGUGUGAAAAAGAAUUCUUUUCAGAGCUGCCGGGAGCCCUGCUCGGGGAGGAGCGUGGCCGGGUCGUCGCCGCGACAGAGCGGGGUUAGCAAUCUGGAGCAAUGGGCGACUGGAGCUUUUUGGGAAGACUACUCGAGAACGCGCAGGAGCACUCCACGGUCAUCGGCAAGGUCUGGCUAACGGUGCUGUUCAUCUUCCGGAUCCUGGUGCUGGGGGCGGCGGCCGAGGAGGUGUGGGGCGAUGAGCAGUCAGACUUCACCUGCAACACGCAGCAGCCCGGCUGUGAGAACGUCUGCUACGACCGCGCCUUCCCCAUCUCGCACAUCCGCUUCUGGGCGCUGCAGAUCAUCUUCGUGUCCACACCCACCCUCAUCUACCUGGGCCACGUGCUGCACAUCGUGCGCAUGGAAGAGAAGAAGAAAGAGAGAGAAGAGGAGCUGCUGAGGAGGAACCACGGCGGCCACGGGGAGUCCUUGGACACGACGGGCGCGCAAGACCUGCCCGCGCCCCCCGUGCGUGACGGCAAGGUGCGCAUCUCCGGCGCGCUGCUGCGGACCUACGUCUUCAACAUCAUCUUCAAGACGUUGUUCGAGGUGGGCUUCAUCGCCGGUCAGUACUUCCUGUACGGCUUCAAGCUGCAGCCGCUGUACCGCUGCGACCGCUGGCCCUGCCCCAACACCGUGGACUGCUUCAUCUCCCGGCCCACGGAGAAGACCAUCUUCAUCAUCUUCAUGCUGGCGGUGGCCUGCGCCUCGCUCCUGCUCAACAUGCUGGAGAUCUACCACCUGGGCUGGAAGAAGCUGAAGCAGGGCGUCACCAACCACUACGGCGCGGACCCCUGCGAGGCCCUGGCCGCGCGCCCCGGGCCGCCCGCCGUCACCAUCGGCUUCCCGCCCAGCUACGCGCACGCUGCUGCCGCGCUCCCACAGGGGCCGGCGCGGGCCUCACCCCCUGCGGGGGACUCCACGGAGGUGGCCUUGGUCGCGGAGCCCGAGAAGGGCCGGCUGCUACCGACAAGCGAGCUGAACUGGGCCUCCCCCGCGGCCGAGCCGCAGGCGCCGUCCAGGAAGGCGGCCCCGAGCCCCAGUGGCAGCAGCAGUGCGAGCAGCCUGCCGCCCCCUCGGGAGGCCGGGCCGGGAGGCUCGGCUCCUCUGCUGCUGGGAGGAGACGCAAGCGGGAGCAGCUCGGAGGAGGGGCCCCUGGGGGCGACGCCGGGAGAAGAAGAGCCGGCCGUGACCGCUGCGGCCGAGAUGCACGCGCCGCCCUUGUUGUCGGCGGACGCUGGCAGGUGCAGCAAGGCCAGCAGCAGCGGUCGGGCGAGACCGAGUGACUUGGCCAUCUAGGGAUGGUCUCUCCAAGACAGCUUUAUAAAUCACCUUUUUUCUAGACAUCCAAAACCGAAGUACAGUUUCAGAUGGGCAGGUAGACAGUCCCCUGGAAGGAGAGGCGCCGCCGGGGCCCCGGGUCUCCGUGUUUAGUGCUUUUGCUGUUCUCGACGCGGGGAGCUGCGCAGCCCGGCGGCGGACGGUCUCGGGAGGGCGUCGGGGGCUGCGUGGUCUCCGCAAGGUAGCCGGUCGGCGGGGGUGGGGCGGGACGCGGGGAGGAGGAGCAGGUGUCGACGCCCCCGGGGCCAUGAGGCUCCCCACUCCUCAGCCCUCCGUGGGAGACGCAGACACACUUAGCUCUAUCUCUGUUUGAUACUUUUAACUUAGAGUUGAAUUUCAUUUGGGCUGUUUGCCAAACUGCACUAAAAAAAGAUUGAGAGCAAGUCCAUAGAGUGUCUUUUGAGUUUCUGAG